AUGCCUACCAGACUCACCAAGACCCGCAAGCACCGUGGUCACGUCUCGGCCGGUCACGGUCGUGUCGGAAAGCACCGCAAGCAUCCCGGUGGUCGUGGUAUGGCCGGUGGUCAGCACCACCACCGAACCAACUUGGACAAAUACCAUCCUGGUUACUUCGGAAAGGUCGGUAUGCGACACUUCCACAAGCUCCAGAACCACUACUGGAAGCCUGUCAUCAACCUCGACAAGCUUUGGUCCCUCGUUCCCCUCGAGCAGCGCGAGAAAUACCUCGCCGGUCAAUCUAAGGACACCGCACCUGUCCUCGACCUCCUCGCCCUCGGCUACAGCAAAGUUCUCGGCAAGGGCCGGAUUCCCGAGAUCCCCCUGAUCGUUCGUGCCCGAUACGUCAGCAAGGACGCCGAGCGCAAGAUCAAGGAGGCCGGCGGUGUCGUUCAGCUCGUCGCAUAA